GACAUACAAGCGUUACAUUAAGAUAGUUGGUUACACACUAUUGGAUAAUGAAAAUACCACUGCAGAAACGUACAAGUACACUCGCUCAUGGCAAAAGACAAUUACGUCUUUUCCAAGCAAAAUUUAACUUCUUCAUUUAUAUAGGUAAUCUGGACCUCACUCUCACUGGUCAAAUAUCUGGACAAAUGGAGUUCAAUGCAUUCAUUGCUCGUUUGGAUAAUGAUGUUAAUAUGAAGGCAUCAGCUAUGCUUGAGACAGGACCCACUCUAACUGUUAAAGGAGAAGCUUCUGCUAAGAUAUUGGCAAUAUUUAAGAUAGGUAUGGAAGUCUCAGGCUCCAUAACCUAUCUCAUAAACCCAGAAGCUUCAACCUCAGUCUGUGGCCCUUCACCUAAUGGAGAUGCUAAUGCAUGCUUUGAAGUAUAUGGUACAACUGAAGGAAAUAUUGCUGUUGAGGCAUUUUGGCAGUCAAGGUGCACUUGGUAUUUAUAUUGCACUACUUGGGGGGAAAAGAAUAAAGUCAGAGCACUAUCACAUACCUGGAGCCUAGCAAAUUCAAGAAAGAAACUGUUUGGUCUGUGUCAUGCUUGUGAUUGCCAUGGACGUCAUUUUCUCAAUGUCCUUUGCAAGGGUGGCCAAUAUGAUGAAGCCUCACAAUGUUCCUGUUCAACAAGAAUAUCAAAGUGAUAUUCCUCUUAUCGUUGAUAAAAUUUCAGUGAUGUGACCAUUUUAACAGACCCUUCUUUUUUUUAAGUAGUUGCAUUUAAGCAUUUUAUUAGUGUGUAGAAAUUAAAAAUUUAGAUUUUAUCAUUAGUUGAGUUUUUUGAGUAUAAGAGUGUAUUAAAUCAUACCGAA